AUGGGUUCUGGCCAUUCUCAAGAACAGAAGGUCCAAAGCAUGGGCCGAUUACAGGAGGAUCGGAAACUGUAUCGGCUAGUGGACAUGCAUGGUGGUGGAGAGCUUAUACCCUGGUUCAGAUAUGCUUUGACGAGUGGAGAUACUUCGAUACUAGAUGCCUACAUCGAUACGAAAGUUAGAGAUUUCAUGUAUAAUCAGGGCAAAGGGAAAGUGUGCACUGUUACUGAACUCGUAAAACUACGUAACAAGGAAAGAAAUGAACGGCUUGGAGCAUUUUCGAGGAAAAAAGGAAAAGGAAAAAGUGGUCCAAACGUUUUAGAUGACUUCAAUCAAGAAGGUGAAAAUGUCGGAGAUUUGAAGAAAGCUUUGAAGCUAUUGGAUGGUGGAGGCAAAGGAGGAAAAGGAGAAUCCAAGUAUCGAGAUAUCACUUGGAAGCUGGAUGAACGAGGAUCCAUGGGAGAAACAAUCAUAGGAAUAUGCCUUUUGCAAGGAACUGAUAUGCAUAACAAACUAGCUUUGAAAAUACUUGAUUCAUACCCAAAACUAGUAAAUGAUAUCAACGUCUCUGAAGAUUACUACGGCUUGACUCUUUUGCAUCAAUCAAUUGUAAAUCAAGAUGUGAAAAUGGCUUAUACUUUGUUAAAAAGAGGGGCUGAUGUUAGCACCAGAUGUUACGGCGCUUUUUUUUGUGCUGAUGAUCAGAAGGCAACUCGAACCGAUUCUUUAGAACAUGAAUAUGUUGAGCUGAGUGCUAAAACUAACUAUACGGGAACAAUGUAUUUCGGGGAAUAUCCACUCUCUUUUGCCGCUUGCAUGAACCAGCCAGACUGUUACCGUCUGCUGCUGGCCAAGAAAGCCAAUCCUAAUGCACAAGAUACAAAUGGUAACACAGUUCUUCAUAUGUGUGUUAUUCAUGAAAACAUGAAUAUGUUUCGAGUAGCUUUGGAGAAUGGAGCUAGUCUUCGAAUGACCAAUAAACAAAACUUAACUCCUCUGACAUUAGCUGCUAAGAUGGCUAAGGAGAAGAUGUUCACUGAAAUUUUAGAAAUUGAAGGAGAAAGGGUGUGGGCUUACGGAGAUGCUUCAUCCACGGCUUAUCCUCUUGCCAAAAUUGAUACUAUUAAUGAGGUUACCGGAGAUCUCAACGAGAAUAGCGCUUUGUCAUUGGUUGUAUAUGGGGAAACUCCUGAACACCUGGAGCUCCUCGAUGGCUUAUUGGAGGAGUUAUUGGAAGAAAAAUGGAAAGCAUUUGGAAAAGCCAAAUUAGCACAGUCUGUUCUAGCUUUCUCUCUUCAUUGGUCUUUAGUGACAUUAGCUUUCUUCCUACGCCCCAUCUCUUUAUCAACAUCUCUAUCAACUGAUGGUUGGAUAACCAAGUAUGGAUAUGCUGCCACGAAGUCCACUGUUUCAACAGACCCAAGCAAACUAGGAACCCCGUUAGUCCCUUUCGCUAAUGGAACUUAUUCGGCAGUUCCUUGGAACGCUCAGGAUAUACAAUGUCAUUUAUUGAAUUAUGCAAGCUCAAGUGACUGGGAAAACCAUAUUCGUUUGGCAGCCGAAAUGAGUGUUUUACUGAGUGUGAUGAUUCAAAUGUUUUUGGACGUGCAAGAUAUUCGGUACAUCGGAGCGAGUAAAUGGUGGAAUAUCUUAAAAGCUUUCCCUGCCAAAAUAGCUUACAAAACAUCUUUCUUGUUCAUAUUAUUCACAGUGAUCAUCAGAUCCUCGUGUAGAUUAUCAGCUGAAUUAGUAGUAGUUGACAACAUAUUGGCUUGCAUUACAGUUCUUAUGACAACUAUUCAUUUUCUAUUCUACUGCCGAGCAAUUAACUUCGUUGGACCUUUUGUCUUGAUGGUUUACACGAUCAUCGCAACUGACAUAAGAAGAUUCAUAUUCAUUUAUGGUAUUUUCUUGGUCGGGUUUUCACAAGCGUUCUACUUGGUUUUCCUUUCUUGUGAAAGAGUGAAGAAUGAAGCUGUGAGCUCGAAAAGCAACGCAACAUACUUGGCAACACUUUCCCAGAUUCAGAGAAAUAGUCUCGAACAGGCGAUAAUCUUUGAAAAUGUUAUACAAGGACCAGUUGAAGCAUUCAUCCGUACCUUCAUUCUUACCAUUGGAGAAUUUACAGUUCUCUAUCGUAAUCUCGCCCUCUGCCCAGCUAAUAUCAUGGUGUGGAUAGGAAAAAGUGUUUUUUUGAUUUUCGAAAUGGGUGUAUCCAUCCUGCAAUUCAAUCUACUUAUUGCUAUGAUGACACGAACAUACGAAGCAAUUUUCCGAACUAAGAAAGAAUAUAAAAGACAAUGGGCUCAAGUUAUUCUUAUGCUGGAACUAUCGCUGUCCCCAUCAAAUCGUCUGAUGUAUCUUCUAAAGUAUUCUCGUCCAACCGGAACAAACAAACGAGCUCGAAGUUUAGUUGUUAAUACGAAGAUAACAGAGGAAGAGAAAAACUCUCUUGAUGGUGUCGCGAAAACAGAGGAAAAGCUCAAGAGAGCAGCUGAAGAGAAGAAAGCAAUUAUUAAGUGGAAGCUGAAGGAUAUGGAACAGAAAGAGAGUAACCGGCCGACAACGUCGUUUAAUCGAACUCCUCGCCCUGUUUCUCGCCGAUAA